GAAGUUGUAAUUAGCAUUUCUCUAUUAUGAAUCUUCGAUCGUAUGCAUGCCUCCUAAUAAGCCAACACCUCUACUCCCUAAGGUUAGCCCCAAAAUUAAACUAUAAUAUUAAUAUUAUACGGUGCUUUGUGUAAUAAAAAAAAAUAUAUUAUUUAGUGAUGUAAUAAAAAAUAGUUGCUUGCAACGUGUGGACCGUUAGCCAGGUGAGAUGGUGCUUUAUAAUGAACCCUCAGAGGGUCACAUGCUUGUCAACUCUACUCCCCAGGUUGGCAGCGUGCGGUGCUUCAGACUUCAGCCACUUGAAGCUCCUAACCAUCUUAUAGGAAUGGUACCACGUCCCUAUAAGGGUGGGCGGAGAGAGCACCAUCCAUAUGACUAGGGAGUACGGCCCACCAGAUGCAUCCCAACUACUUUGCCCCACUUGGUUACAGGCCCACGUGACUGGACCCGGCGAUAGGACUGUAUAAAGUAAUCAAUAUAAACAUAUUAAAAAAGCUAUAACAAGUCGAUGUGGGAUUUUUUCUUCCUUAAACCAAACCAAAUCAAAAGUUGUUCUUCUCAGUUAGUGUAAAAAUGAUGCUAUCCGACUCUCCACUCCUCAUCUCACUGCACAACAGAGUCAGAGAGACCAAAAACCUCUUUUUCCCUCUCGACCAAGGAACCCAAUCACCGGCGGCGGCGCAGUUGCUUCGUCCUCUAAGACCGUGAUUUAAAUCUGUAUAACAUUUUCUGUAUCGUAAAAUAGCAUAAAAUGCCUGAAGGUUUCCACUUAGAACGCCCUCUGUUCGCCGGUGCCUUAACUAGCACCUUCCCUCAAAGGUUCCAGGAGGUGUUUGUGGAUCCUUCCCGGGAUGAAAGUUUGAUCUUUGAGAUAUUAGAAUUGAAGGAAGAAGUUGGUGAUGAUGGAAGUGCUUCAUGGUUUCUUCAAGACCUUGCCUCUGAACAAGAAUCUGAAGGCUGCGUGGUAAUUAAAUUUUUCCCUAUUAUUGUUCACACUCAUUAAUUGUGUAUUCAUCUAUCAAUUGCUAACUUGAUCAUAUUUUCCUUGUCUUAGAUUGUUUAUGGUUUUAUUUUGAAAGGGUUAUCCAAUUUGUUUCGUAUAAAUGCGUACAUGUUAAUUUAGUCCUCUUCAGUUCUUAUUCUCUAGUUUCUAUCUAUGUAAGAUGGUAAUUAAAUGCCGAUAUAUUAUGAUACUAGCUUUCGCAAUAUUUGGAUAUGAGAAAAGUUUCCCCAAUAGUAGCUGAGAUAUGAUUCAAACUAUUGUGCCAAAGACUAAUUUGCCUCAAAUUAAAAUUCAGGUGAUUGAACAGUCAGCAGUGACUUAGGCCCCUGGACUGUGCUAUAGGAGCACACCUGCUGUCAUUAUAACUGCAGUAGGCCAAAUGGUAUGUGUCCAUAGUAAUCUUUUAGGUUGUGUUUGCUGUUGGUUAUGGGUUUUUACUUUCUUUAGUUUGCCUUCACAUUUAAGUAAUGGAUGAUUGGCCUUUGGUCUAUUGUGUGGAAUCAUAAAUGUCACCAACCUUGUAUCUGUCGUAAACUUGUGAUUAUUGAUGCUAGGUAUCUGUUCUUCUACUUCCUUCAAUGUGCCUCUUCUGUAGGGACAAAGAUGAAAAAACAAAAGGGAAAUUGUGUUCAAAUAUGUAUAUAUUUCAACAUUUUCUUUCAAGUAACCUUACAUAAUAUAUCCUUUUCCUUUCCUGAUGACUGAUAUGGAAUGGAAGAGAAAUAGUGAAACAGUGUGCUGCUUCAUCACCUGAUUAAUCAUUAUCGGUAUUGAAUAUUUUCUUUCCAAAUAAUUUGUAUUGAACUGCCAUUAGAAACAUUUACGAAGAACUAUGAUGAUUGCAAGAAGUGCUUUUGAAGCAUGGCUUGUAGUUUCUCCAUUGCAUGGAAAAUAUUCUUUGUUUAUCAAACUUCCUUUGAAGAAUCUCAAAGUUAAACUGUAUUAACCUUUUGGGCUCAUAUCAAUUCAUUAUUUUGGUUACUUGAACAUAGGCUAUCUCUAAGGGACGGCAAGGUAGGGAAGCACAAAAUGUUGUGAGGGUAUAUGUUGCAAAUGUUCGUCUUAAAGAAGUUAACACGGAUAUCCUAAUUUCUGCAUAUGAGCCGAUUCAUAUAAAGACGAGUCUCGAGUUUACAAGAUUCUCUUGCAAGAGAUAGUUCAGAGAGAAGAUUUAAGCACUCCAGUUUAUAAAACUAUAAAACGUGGUGAACCCCACAAGCCUAUUUUCUUUACUAGUGUGGAGCUGGAUGGAGAAAUUUUCCAUGGGAAAGCAGCAAAAUCCAAGAAACAAGCAGAGUUGGAUGCUGCAAGGGCUGCCUAUGUCGCUCUUAAGGAACGUAAGUCCGAAAAAACAGUUCAUUCUUUCUAAUGAUUUGUUUUGCUGACUCUAAUCUUCUAUGUUCAAGUGAAUCUUAUUUUGGUAGUUUGACUAGUUAGGAUGUAGCAGCUUUACAAGUAAAUCAGAAACUGGAAUAUACUUAAAAAAGGUGGAUCAAUUCAGAAUGUCAACUUCACUUCCUCUAGUUUAGGAGCACAUACUCCCAAAUCAACUUGGAGCUCUGGUGUGGCCUAUGACUUGGUACAGAGUCUCAAACACCAAUGCAUUUUGGUUCCACAUCAACCUCAGACUUAUGUUGAAGCUAAAGAGAAGUUUGAUACAUUAGCAGAUUUAGCAGAAACCAUUGUAAGCACAAUGGAAGUGGACAACUCAUACCCUGCAAUAACAUCUCAUAUGGAAAAACUGAAUGAAGCUGAGAAAGUCUCUGCUGUUUCUUCUCCUUCAGUAACAAACUCGAUGAGCAGUGAUGUGAAGAGUUACUUGCUUUGCAACAAGGUGAGAGUGUACUCACAGUUGCCCAAUCAUCCAUUCCCAGAAGACAUUACUGUGCUCCCCAUUAGAGAAGACAAGUGGGUAGCUGUCAGCUUGGAAUUCCCAAAUGAAAACAACAAAGAAUAGUUGAAAAAUUCAUUCACCCAUAAUCAUGAAAUAUAUUCCCAUCAACAAUUGAUGCCUAUGUAAUGUUUUUUUAUAUUACAACUUUAAGUUAAAAGUCUUCAUUUUUAUGUAAACAGAAACACUCUUUACAUAUAUAUAAAAGCAUAUAUUUAAGAGUGUAUAUAGUAUAGUUAUAACUCAUUUCAAAUGGUAAUGCAUGGGGUUUUUGGGAAUUGGCUUAAUUUUUGGUGAUAUUAACGACGACUGAGUUGUGUCGUCGGUAAAAGUGGUGAUAUAUCAUUUGCCCCCGAAACCCUAUUCAGCUAUUCUUCAUCAUUUGGUUCCUUCAUCUCUCUCACUCUCUAAAGUUUCUCUCUCACUCAUACAAGCGGCGCCGGUGAUCUCGUUUUCUCUUCAAGCUCUGAAAACGCUGCCCAACCCAGGAUCUCCUCUCCUCCGGCGGCCUCUCUCUCUCCUGCAGGUAUUAUUCCUUUUCCAUUUUUAUAUAAAAUGUCAGAAAGUUCUCAAACUCACCGGCAUCUCCCUUCUCGGUAGAUUCUGGCCACAAUCGUCAUCUCUAGCGACGUGCUCUCCACUUUUUUCAGAUCUAUGCUACACACAUAAAAUGUCGAUCAACAAGACUUGGAUCAACAAUCCAAAUAAAUUAUCUGAUGAGUAUGGAGCUGGAGUGGUGGCAUUUCUUGAGAGAGCUAAAAAUUUUGUGGAUGAAACAGGACUGGUUAAGUGUCCUUGUAACAAGUGUGUCAAUAUUCAAUUGCAGACAAUCAAUGUAAUAGAACAUCAUCUUUUCAAUAAUGGUUUUCUUCAGAGUUAUACUAAUUGGUAUUGGCAUGGAGAGGAGGAAAUAAUACCAACAAAUAAAGUGGUGCAACAAUGUCAGAAAGAUGAGAUAAUGGAUGGUCUUAAUGUUAUAGAACAACCAGAAAAAAAUAAAGAUGAUGAAAUUGUGUGUGAUUAUGAGAUGAAUACAAGUGAAGAAUGUGUGUGUGAUGAUGAUGAGAUAGCUACAAGAGAAGAAAUCGAGUGUAAUUAUGAUGAUGAGUUACCUACAACUGAAGAAAACCAGCAUGAUGAUGAGAUACCUACAGAUUUCAGAGAUGGACAGGAUUAUCGCGAUUUGUCUGCAGAGAUGGAAGCUCCAUUAUUUCCAGGGUGUGAGAAAUACACAUCUUUGAAUUUCUUAGUUAAGUUGAUGUACUUCAAGGGGAAAAUUCCUAACAAUAUUUUUGAUGAGUUAUUGGGGCUGUUACAAGAUGCAUUUCCAGCUCCAAAUAAUUUGCCAAAGUCACGUAAUGAGGCCAAGAUGUUGCUGCGUAAACUAGGACCUGUUGUUGGGAUUCCAGAGACAUGGAGUACAACUAAUCACAUGGACGACGAAGGUUGGGACAGCAAGGACGCCGAGGACAGCUAUGAAAGGUUGAAAAAUGUGCUUGAGAUUCAAUUACAGUCUCCUGCAAGUUCAUCAGCUGCGAGUGCUUCCAUCUCCAUGGAUGAAGAGGAAAACACCGCCCUUGGCUUGAGGGCGCAACAUGAUGAUGAAGUUCCUCUUUAUGAGCAAGUUCAAGGUAUGAUGGCGAGCAUAAGAGCAAUGGAGGAGUAUAUGGCUGCGUUAGCUGGAGCCUCAUCGUUUCCACUUCCACCUCCACCUGAUCAGGAUCCUAAAGCUCCGAGCCAGUAGAAAGAACGAUCUUAUUCGUGUCUUUUAUUCUCUUACAAACAUGUUAUCUGAAUUGUGGUCUAAGCAUUGACAGUAUGGGACAUUUCUUUGACAGAUAAAUUUGUAUUGAGCUGCUAUUAGAAAGAAUGAAAGAUAUACUAAGAACUAGUAGUUGUUAAUCAAAGAAGGAAAUAAUAAUUCCUUAUGCUAAUCUGACAAAAUGGUUUCAAAACAUAGCUUGUAGUACCUCUUUUGAAGACAAAAUACUCUGUUUAUCCAACUUGCUUUGAAGAAUAUCAAAUUUAACUCUA